AACGCAAAGCAGCAGCGGCAGCAGCAGCGGAGGAGGCCAUGCCCGGGUAGAGCCUGACGUGGACGGGGCUGGAGUCACUCACCAACUUCUGGGGAAAACAAGUCGUGAAGGCAAACCCGGUCGCUCCUGCCGUGUCGCCUCGCUCAGCACAAUGAGUCUGGAUAAAGCAAAGCUGUGCGACUCGCUGUUGACGUGGUUGCAGACAUUUCAGGUGCCGUCAUGCAACUGCAAGUACGACCUCACGGGCGGCGUGGCCAUCGCACAUGUACUGCACAGAAUAGACCACUCUUGGUUUAAUGAGACAUGGUUAGGCAGCAUCAAGGAGGAGAGCGGGGCCAACUGGCGCCUCAAGGUCAGCAACUUGAAAAAGAUUCUCAAAAGCAUGCUGGAAUAUUAUCACGAUGUGCUCGGUCACCAGGUGUCUGAUCGGCACCUACCAGACAUUAACCUGAUAGGGGAAAUGGGAGAUGUCACUGAAUUGGGCAAGCUGGUCCAACUCGUAUUGGGUUGUGCUGUCAGCUGUGAGAAGAAACAAGAGCAAAUCCAGCAGAUUAUGACGCUUGAGGAAUCUGUCCAGCAUGUUGUGAUGACAGCCAUUCAGGAGCUUUUAGCAAAGGAGCCUUCAUCUGAACCAGGAAGCCCAGAGACAUAUGGGGACUUUGACUACCAGUCCAGGAAGUAUUAUUUUCUAAGUGAGGAUUCAGACGACAACCUGAGCCAGCGUUGUCGAGACUUCGAACGUCAGUUGUCACUAACUCUGGAGGAGAAGUCCUCACUACAGGCGGAGAUUUGCUCCCUGAAGGAGAAGCUCAGCCGCUUUGACUCUCUGGACGUCUCCACCACCGCCAUCACCGGCAAGAAGCUGCUGCUGCUGCAGAGUCAGAUGGAGCAGCUCCAGGAGGAAAACUACAGAUUGGAGAACAGCCGAGAUGACAUUCGAGUGCGAGCAGAGAUACUGGAGCGCGAGGCUGGCGACUUGCAGCAACGUAAUGAGGAGCUGACGAGCUUGGCCCAGGAGGCCCAGACCCUCAAAGACGAGAUGGACAUUCUCAGACACUCGUCGGACCGGGUGAACCAGCUGGAAGCGCUAGUGGAGACGUACAAGAGGAAGCUGGAGGAUCUGGGCGACCUGCGCAGGCAGGUGCGCCUCCUGGAGGAACGAAACACCGUGUAUAUGCAGCGCACCUGUGAGUUGGAGGAGGAGCUGCGCAGGGCCAACGCCGUCCGCAACCAGCUGGACACCUACAAGAGACAGGCUCACGAGCUCCACAGCAAGCACUCAACAGAGGCCAUGAAAGCUGAGAAGUGGCAGUUUGAGUACAAGAACCUCAAUGACAAAUAUGAUGCGCUGCUGAAGGAGAAGGAACGUCUGAUCUCAGAGAGAGACACACUUCGGGAGACUAAUGAUGAGCUCAGGUGUGCACAGGUGCAGCAGAGAGGUCUGAGUGGAGCAGGCGACAUGUGUGACAGUGGAGUCGCGGUGGGAAACCUCGCUGCAGAGAUUAUGCCAACUGAGAUCACGGAGACGGUGGUCCGUCUGCAGAGUGAAAACAAGAUGUUAUGCGUUCAGGAAGAGACCUACAGACAGAAAGUUGUGGAGGUUGAGACUGAGCUGGAGGAGGCUCAGCGCAGCAAGAACAGCCUGGAAACUCAGAACAGGUUGAACCAGCAGCAGAUCUCUGAGCUGCGUUCUCAGGUGGAGGAGCUUCAGAAGGCCCAGCAAGAGCAGGACAGCAAGAAUGAGGACUCCUCUUUAUUGAAGAAGAAGCUUGAAGAGCAUUUAGAGAAACUCCACGAAGCGCACUCAGACCUCCAGAAGAAGAAAGAAGUCAUUGAUGACCUGGAGCCCAAAGUGGACAACAGCAUGGCCAAGAAAAUAGAUGAACUCCAGGAGAUCCUCCGUAAGAAAGAUGAGGACAUGAAACAGAUGGAGGACAGAUGCAAGCGCUAUGUGGAGAAGGCCAGAACGGUGAUCAAAACUCUGGAUCCCAAGCAGCAGCCGGCGACUCCUGACGUCCAAGCUCUGAAAAAUCAGCUAACGGAGAAGCAGAAAAAGAUCCAUCAUCUGGAGCAUGACUAUGAAAAGAGCAGAGCCCGGCACGACCUGGAGGAGAAGCUCAUCAUCAGUGCAUGGUACAACAUGGGAAUGGCUUUGCAUCAGAAAGUGUCUGGCGAGCGACAGGGUUCCUCCAACCAGGCCAUGUCCUUCCUGGCGCAGCAGAGACAGUCCACCAACGCCAGGAGAGGCCUGAUCCGACACCACCCGAGAUGAUCCACAGGCAGGACGCAGCUCUGACAUGAAUCAAAGGGGGGACGACUUGAUCUGCUGCAUCAGAACUGCCUGCACUUCUGCCCUUAUGUGUUGACUGGAUCGUUGUGCCUCAAGGUUUCCCCUUCUCUCGUGCUGCUACUGCCCCCUGCUGGCUCGUAACGAUGCAAGAUUUUUCAUUUUCUCUGUGGAGCCUCAGAGGAGUUUGGUACUACUGAGUUAAACAGAAAUAGCUGGAGUUAAAGGAGACAGAGGAGACUUCUUCACCUUUUAGGGUGACACUCGUUUUCCUGAUUUUCCUCUUGGUUUCACUAGUUUUCUUGAAACCCUCUUCUUUUUUUUUGUUUAGUUUUUUUAAUUAUUUCAUAUUUAAGUAAUCCAGUAAGCUAGAACCGGCUUAGUCAGAGUUUUAUGUGGUAGGUGAGUGUUUUGUAGAAGUAUUGCAGCGAGAGAAAAACAAGCACUUCCUGCACCGACAUGUAUAGACUGUUUAGACAAGUUCACUACACAUUUCUUUCGUUAGUUUGAUUUCAAUGUAAUAGCUUUUAUUUUUGUCAGAAACUGAAGUUUAAGUUUUAAAUGGUAGGAUGUUAAACAUGUGGAGGGCGUAUGAUGAUUUCUGUCGAGCUUUUCUUAUGUAUUCACCUAAACCUUUGUCUCUGAAACUUAAUUUACACAUUAGAGCGUUAGUUAUUUCACUUGAAUACACCAAAGCACUUUCUCUAUAGGAGGGUGGGUUUUCUUAGUGCCUCUCUGAAUACUUCCUUUGUGGAUGUCACUGACAGUAAAAAAAACUACUUUUUAAAAGAAUCAAAUAGUUUAAUUUAAAGUUAUUAUUGAGGUUCAUGUGCAUCUGAUACAAGUACAUGAUCUGUGCAAAUGUGGGGUUUUUUGUUUUUUUUGUUGUUGUAGUUGUUAAACAGGGUAUCUGGUUGUGAGUAGGACCUAAAACCUCUUUAGACUGAUGAAAUGCCUGAAUCCUGGUUUUAAAAACUGGACAAACACAAAGCCAGGGUCCUUUUUAAUGAGUUAGAAACGAAGCCGAAGCUCAUGCUGCUGAUGGACUCGUUUACGGCUGAAGUGGAAGGAAGUUGAACGCAACACUGGAAUUCUCUGGUUGUUUGCUGGCAGGAAGUGAGCGCCAGAUAAAAGGCUUGAGCCAGUGAUGUAAAACGCGUUGAUGAUACACUACAUUUGCCUUAACUCUACCUCCCCAUUUUCAUUUUUAAUCAAAUCAUGUUUUUUUUUUGUCCUUUAUCCCAUUAUCAGAGCUGCAGUUUGUGAUUUGUACUUCUGUGUUCGUGCUAUGAUCUCCAGACCCUUAAUUCUGUUGUGUGUGUGUGUGUGUGUGUGUGUGUGUGUGUGUGUGUGUGUGUGUGUGUGUGCAUUUUUUUCCCCUGAUCCUUCAUAUUUUUUUUGAAUAGUAUUUGUGGUGUGGAUAUGUAAUUUCGACACAUUUGCAUGGUAUGAAGAGGUUCACUUUAGUCUCUUGUAUCCUACAAAGGUCGGGUAGAUUGUAGCAAGCUGCUGUUGACACUGGGAGCCGAAGGCAAGUUAAACAAUUGUAGUUCUGUCUGUUCUCAUUUUGCACAACAAAUAAAUGGGAUUUAAAGAUGAAGCUGA